AUGUGGAAUGCCGUGCCUGUGGAUGGGGAGAUGGAGCUCUGCGGCCCGAGCUGGCUCCCGCUGCACUGCUGCCAGCUAAUUAUAGAGGAGUCAGCUGCCGGCAAACUGAUCCAUCCUAAAUCCAGGCUUAGUCCCCGCAGCGGCUGCGAGGCGCUCCGGGUGGUGGCCCGGUGCCGGCCCAUGAGCCGGCGGGAGGAGGCGGCGGGAUACGAGCGCGUCCUGGAGCUGGACGUGAAGCUGGGCCAGGUGAGCAUCCGCAACCCCCGCGCCGCCCCCGGGGAGCUGCCCAAGACCUUCACCUUCGACGCCGUGUACGACGCCAGCUCCAAGCAGGCCGACCUCUACGACGAGACGGUGCGGCCGCUCAUCGACUCGGUGCUGCAGGGCUUCAACGGCACCGUCUUCGCCUAUGGCCAGACCGGCACCGGCAAGACCUACACCAUGCAGGGCGCCUGGGCGGAGCCGGAGAAGCGCGGCAUCAUCCCCAGCGCCUUCGAACACAUCUUCACCCACAUCUCCCGCUCGCAGAACCAGCAGUACCUGGUGAGGGCCUCGUACCUGGAGAUCUACCAGGAGGAGAUCAGGGACCUCCUCGCCAAGGACCAGAGCAAGAAGCUGGAGCUGAAGGAGAACCCCGAGACCGGGGUGUACAUCAAAGACCUUUCCUCCUUCGUGACCAAGAACGUUAAGGAGAUCGAGCACGUGAUGAACCUGGGCAGCCAAACGCGCUCCGUGGGCAGCACCAACAUGAACGAGCACAGCUCGCGCUCCCACGCCAUCUUCCUGAUCACCAUCGAGUGCAGCGAGACGGGGCCGGACGGCGAGGAGCACAUCCGCGUGGGCAAGCUCAACCUCGUGGACCUGGCCGGCAGCGAGCGCCAGAACAAAAUGGGGGCCCACGGAGAGCGCCCCAAGGAAGCCUCCAAGAUCAACCUCUCCCUCUCGGCCCUGGGCAACGUCAUCUCGGCGCUGGUGGACGGCCGGAGCACGCACAUCCCCUACCGGGACUCCAAGCUCACCCGCCUGCUGCAGGACUCCCUUGGGGGCAAUGCCAAGACAAUCAUGGUGGCCACCUUGGGCCCGGCCUCCCACAGCUACGACGAGAGCCUCUCCACCCUCAGGUUUGCCAACAGGGCCAAGAACAUCAAGAACAAGCCCCGGGUGAACGAGGACCCCAAGGACACCUUGCUGCGCGAGUUUCAGGAGGAGAUCGUCCGGCUGAAAGCCCAGCUGGAGAAACGUGGGAUGCUGGGGAAGAAGAGGAGAAGGAGCAGCCGGAGGAAGAAGGCAAUGGAUGGAGAGGGCACCGUGGACAAUGAAGGGGAGGAUGAGAAUGAGGAUGGCCUGGAGAAGAACAUGGAGAAUUACUUGAAGGAGCAGAAGGAGAGGCUGGAAGAGGAGAAAGCCGCUAUCCAGGAUGACCACAGCCUGGUGAGUGAGGAGAAGCAGAAGCUGCUCCAGGAGAAGGAGAAGAUGAUAGAGCACCUGCGGAGGGAGCAGGAGGCCACGGAGCUGUUGGCCAUCAAGUACAAGGUUCGUGUUGCCACACGUGGUCACAAAAGGGGCCGGGGUACCUACUGUGCCCCCAGCCCCCCAUGUGGAGUGGGAAUGGAUCCCAAGCAGGGGCCUGGGGGAGGUGUCCACCACAGUGCACAGCAAGGGGACCUCCCAAGCAAGGUGUCUGGGCAGGGUCCCCAAGGGCAGCCCCAGGCUCUGGCAUGGGGCUGGGCUGGGGUGGCCCUCAGACCUGUGUGGGGACACUGCGUGGGGUGGGAGGGAAGGGCCAUGGGGACUGGGUCACUGGUGGCACCAUCUCCCCUCACUGUUGGCUGCAUCUAUUGCUUCAACCUCUCCACUUCCAUCCCAUUUUCAUCUCUGGAUGUUUCUUCUCCCUGUGAUGUCUCCUCCUCUUCCUGCCUUUCCUCUGGCUGUUUUCUGUCUCCUGUCACAUUAAUUCCUUCCUCUGCUGCUCCAUCCCUCAGGUACUUGAUCAUCGAGAACUUCAUCCCUCCUGAGGAGAAGAACAAGAUCAUGAACCGCCUGUACUUCGACAGCGAUGAGGACCAGUGGAAAUUCCAGCCCCUGGUUCCCACCGGAGGGAACAGCUCCCAGAUGAAGAGGCGACCGACCUCUGCCGUGGGCUACAAGAGACCCAUCAGCCAGUACGCACGGGUGGCCAUGGCCAGGAGAUCCCACCCACGCUUCCGGGCUGAGAACAUCAUGUUCCUGGAGCUGGACCUGUCCCCCCCGGCCAUCUUUGAGUUUGAGCGCAGCAGGGACCCGGCGGAGCAGGACCCGCGGGCGCUGCACCUGGAGAGGCUGAUGCACCUGGACAGCCUCCUGGAGCGGCCAGCGGCCUCCCGCGUGCGCAAGUCCCGCUCCUGGUGCCAGACGCCGCGGUCGCUGCCGUCCUCCACCACCCACGUGUCCCUCGCCUCCGGCUCCCCGUGCUCCGCCCCAGUGCCGGCCCAGGAGUGACGGCCCGGACGGCCCGGACUGAGUCCCCGAGGGGGGCCCGGCCCAGCGGCCCCAGCUCGUCCUGGUCCUCAGCUACUUUGUGUGUGUUUGUGAGACACGGACGGCCCCGGGCCAGGGUGGCUGCCCCUCCCUCCCUCCUCCUCCUCCCCUUCCUCCGCCCCCCUGAUCCGGAUCUGUCACUUUA